GGCGGUGCGGCUCGCGUGGAGGGAAGGCAGCGCGCACGCUCUACGGCAGGUGCGCGGGGUGGCGGUCAAGUUCAACCUGCCAGCCCCGGGCCCGCCGGUGCCAUGGAUGGCCUGCGCCAGCGCUUCGAGCGCUUUCUGGAACAGAGGAAUUUGGCCACCGAAGCGCUAGGGGCGCUCGAAGCCAAGACCGGUGUCGACAAGCGGUACUUGGCCGCGGGAGCCGCCACUCUGCUAAGCCUGUGUCUUCUGUUCGGGUACGGGGCGUCUCUGCUGUGCAAUCUCAUCGGCUUUGCAUACCCCGCAUAUGCUUCGAUCAAAGCUAUCGAGAGCCCAAGCAAAGAGGACGACACUGUGUGGCUCACCUACUGGGUGGUAUACGGCCUGUUUGGGCUGGCCGAGUUCUUCAGCGAUCUACUCCUGUCCUGGUUCCCUUUCUACUACGCGGGCAAGUGCGCCUUCCUGUUGUUCUGCAUGGUUCCCGGCCCCUGGAACGGGGCUCACAUGCUGUAUCAUCGCGUCAUACGUCCACUGUUUCUAAAGCAUCACGAGGCCGUGGACGGCAUCAUGAGCGACCUCAGCGGGCGGACCCUGGAUGUGGCAGCCGGAAUAACGAGGGACAUCCUGCAGGCCCUGGCCCGCAGCCGGGCUCUCAUCACCCCGGCGGCUGCGGCAGUGGGCCCCUCACUGCCCUCGGAGCCGACUCCAAAGCAAGCGUGACUCAGCUCUGGAAGGACAGGUGAAGUGCCUGCCCAGCCCCUGUGCAGGAAAGUCGGCCGGCCAGUUACACUCCAAGGCCUCCGCGGAUCCCCCAGCCGACUCCCCAGUGGAGUCCACCACCAGCCCCGCGUCCCCAAGCAAGCCA